CAGAAUCAGUACUUGAUUGAGCUAGCUGCAGCCAAUCCCACAUAUUAAAUUAAAUAUAUACUAUAAGACAAAUCACGGAAGAGGUUUUGCAUUAAUUAGUUGCUAUGAUUUCAUGACCAAGCUCGGCAGUCUAUGUUUGUCUCACCGAACCCCCUGUCAGAGUUAUAAAGCCUGUGCCAGGACACCCCUCCCGCCUUGUAUCUGCUCACUGGAACGCAAGGAGGAUGAUAUCAGAGGACGACAAUGAGUCUGUUGGCUCGAGCAGCUCUUUCCCACGGCAAGUCUCCUUUGGCCAGAAGUCAAACUCCUCUGGUGCCUCAGCCCAGGAGGGAGUACCACAGAGGAGGUCCUUGGUGGUGGAACCUGCGGACCCUGUUCCCACCUGGUGUGCGGAUGCCGUGGUCGCAGAGGCCAUUCGGGAGCUGCUGAGCAGCAACCGGCCUUGUGCUGAAUGGGUGGAUGUCUUCUCAGAGGAUUCCAAUGGCCGAAUCAGAAAAAGUGCGCUCGCAGCGCAAUCAGCCUUGCUUAGCCAAUUGGAUAAGGAGCAGGAGAACUUACAGCUGGAGGUUCAGGAGCUGGAGAGACAAGUGCAGGAACGCAUGCUUGUGGCCAGCAUGAAGGUUCCGAUAGAUGGGCAAGCCGAAGAGAAAGCUAAAACAGCUGUGCAGGAGAUGGACAGGCAAAUCCAAGCCUUGCGCACGGUGCAAGUACCGCCAAGUCGAGACCAUGCAGGACAAAAUGACCUCCACGCUCGCUUGGCCGGCGUGCAACGCUGCCAGGAAGCAUUGAAGCGAGGGGACCAUCCAGAUGAACUUCCACCAGUCCUUCGACCCGUUCGAGAGGCCCUCCUUCUGGAAAAGGAGAAUCAGGCACUGAUGCGACAGAUUGUGGACUUGGGGCCUGAAACAGAAAAGUUCAGGGCGAACUUUGCCACCUUCAAGAGGUCUAUGGAACGCUUUAACUUUAGGCGGCGGCUCAGCAGCCAGAAGCGCAAUGAACUGGGAGAUAGAAACAGGAAUCGAGCGCUCCGACAGAGCUGCAGAGAGCUGAAUGUACUCAGAGAGCAGGUCAAACGUGCUCGAGCAGAAGCAGCUUUAGACUGAAGAAAGGUAGUCAGCACAGCUCCCCCAAACAGGCCCAAAGGCCUGGCGCUGCGUUGCGC